AUGACAACAGAGAUUCGUUACCGCACGCAGGGUGAAUCUGAAAAUAUAAUUAUUUAUAUGGCUGUUAUGCAAGCUAUGAUUUCUCGAUUAAGUACUCCUAUGAGUGAGAAAGAUCAACUUGAAAUUCUCUUACAUAAUAUUCGUCCAUGCUACACAAAUGUUCUUGCUAAUUGUACUAAUGUAGAUUCAAUUAAUCGUCUUAAAUCAAUUUGUCGUAACUACGAACAAGUAAAAGCCCGUUCAGAUAAUUUUAAAGAGCCAAUUAUUGCAAUAAGUUCCAAAACAUUGGCACCAGAAUUUGCAUACCAAACCGCAAAUAAAAAUUUACCUAAAAAUUAUAGUAGCGAUAGAUCUUAUGCUAAUAGGUUAUUCGCGAAUAUAAAUAAAAUAUUUGCUAUGGAAAAAUCUAAAUUUUGCUACCGUUGUCGCGUUGACACUCAUAACAUGAAGGAAUGUUCGGCCGAACGAGUUAUUUUUUGUUUCAAAUGUGGCAUAAAAGAUGUACGCUCUACUGAGUGUCCCGAGUGUAAUAAGACUAAAAUUGAAACCAACCACAAAAACUAA